AUGCAUACGAUACAAAGUUCACCAAAUGAACCCACUCAAACCCCUGAAGGGAGCUCUCAGGCUCCUAACAGCCUCCGUGUGCCAAUUAAGGCAGUCAGUGUACCCACUGGUAAAACCGACAAAACGCAACUUGGCACAACGGAUUUUAGGACAGUCUCUAGCCCUUCUUCCAGCCCUACAGGCAAGUCGUUGGAAAUAGAUUUUAGUGACGCUCAAUUUGCCCCACCUAACGGCAGGGCAUCUUUCAGUCUUGACGUAAGGAAACCGCCAAAUAUCGCGCCAGGUGAACUCGUCAACCUCACAGCUUCAAUCAGAGUUGACUUUAUUGGUGUUCCCAAUCCGCAGGUCAGGUCUCUCUUCCGUCGGGAAAGUACUGGCUCCCAUCUUCAGAUAAUUAUGGAUGAGAAAUCUAUCUACGAUAAAGAACUUGAGACUACCGGUGGUAAAUUCGAAGAGGUGAAGAGUGAGAAGACUGCGGUUUCAGCUCAUCCAAGGAUUGAAAUAAUCCAGAAAUCUGGGAAUAACCCUGUGGCUCUUACAUUCCGUGGUCUCUCGCUUGUAAAAUCAGAGAGCUCAACCAUCUCGAGGUAG